UAUAAUGGCCAUGAUUCAAGCGAUCGACGAAGAAGUCUGUUUGGAAACCCGAGUGGCGUUGCCUGCACAUUUUGUUAUGAAAAUUUCGAAGCAUUGCAUUCUGAAUUGCGAAUCACAAGUAUUCACUGCUGGUGGUUACAAUUGGAAACUAAAAAUCUACCCUGAUGGGCUAGAUGGCUGUCAUAAUUCAGACUAUCUUUCAGUUUUAUUGUCCAUGGUUGAAACAAGCACCUCUUCUGCAGAUUUUGAGGUUAAUGUAAUGUGUAGCAUCCUUCUCUAUAAUCAAAAUUCUGAUUAUUAUGUUUAUUAA